UUUAACACCCGAACCCAUUUGCCCCUUUCCUAUUUGACUCCAAGCCGGCACUACUGAUUCCGAUCUCGGUUAAUCGAAUCUGCAGAUCAAGAUCAAGAUGGUGACGAAAACAGAGCAAUCACAGUUGCAGCAACUCGAAAAUCAAGUUGAGAACGGUGGUGGUGGUGCUUGGGAGUAUCUCUCUCUUGUUCGCAAGCUCAAGCUUCGUCGUUCCGAUAAGGUCUUGAAGCAUGGUUUAACAAUUUUAAACGACCCCAAGAAACGCUCGGCUCUCGGCCCAGAAGAAUGGAGUCUAUAUGAGCAGGUAGCUAUUGCUGCUUUGGACUGCCAAUGCCUUGAUGUUGCUAAGGAUUGCAUAAAGGUUUUACAGAAGAAGUUUCCAGACAGCAAGCGAGUUGGUAGGUUAGAAGCAAUGUUGCUUGAAGCAAAGGGCUCAUGGGCCGAGGCUGAAAAAGCUUAUUCAAGCCUUCUAGAAGAUAAUCCACUUGAUCAAGUUAUUAAUAUGAGGAGGGUAGCCAUGUCAAAGGCGCGGGGAGAUAUCUUAGGAGCCAUUGAUUGGCUCAAUAAAUAUCUUGAGAUAUUUAUGGCAGAUCAUGAUGCCUGGAGAGAACUUGCUGAAAUAUAUGUUUCAUUGCAAAUGUAUAAACAAGCAGCUUUCUGUUAUGAGGAGUUAAUCCUAUCUCAACCAAUGAUUCCACAACAUCACCUCGCUUAUGCUGAUGUGCUUUACACAAUCGGUGGACUCGAAAAUCUUCAGACAGCUAAGAAAUAUUAUGCGUCGACCAUAGAAUUAACAGGUGGGAAAAACACAAGAGCAUUAUACGGAAUCUGCCUGUGCACUUGUGCAAUUGGACAGCUGACUAAAGGGAAGAACAAUGAGGACAAGGAGAUAUCAGGAUUAGCAGCUGCAGCAUUGGAGAAAGAUUACAAGCAGAUUUCUCCUGAUAAACUUUCUCUGCUUGGCUCUACCCUAAAAACCUUGAAAAUUCAGUAACUCACCCAAAAAAACCACUGUUUAAACCGUUAGUCGGUUCAGUUUCAGCAAGUUGAGUUGAUGAUUCGAUCGAUAAUCUUAUUAGUUUAAAUUGUAGCCGGCGAAAUACUUGCAUUUUUAAAGGCGUCUCACUUUCAUUUUACCAUGUAUUUUUUUUUUGUUUGUUUCAGUUUUUGAUUGAUGGUGAUAAUAGACAAAGCAGAUUUGAUUCGACUUUUUUUACUAGUGUUUGUGUAUGUUAUGUAUAUUGUGCGUG